AUGAACAGUGGAAACAACAGCAAAACUCCUGCAACUGCUGCUCCUUAUGCCUUCACCAAAACAGACGCAGAGCAAAGACUGAUAAGUGGAGAUGCUUAUGAUGUGAGGACUAUACUCAUUUCAAUUCAGAGUUUGCUUGGAGAGCCAAACAUAAGCUCACCUCUGAACACUCAAGCUGCUGCUCUUUGGUGCAAUCAAGAAGAGCCAAACAUAAGCUCACCUCUGAACACUCAAGCUGCUGCUCUUUGGUGCAAUCAAGAAGCCAAACAUAAGCUCACCUCUGAACACUCAAGCUGCUGCUCUUUGGUGCAAUCAAGAAGCUAGAUCCUUAAGCUUUCUUGUAAAUUGAAAUUUUGAGUAUAUCAACUUAGUGCGACUGUUUUUAACGAGUCUUUUUCAAUUCAGAGUUUGCUU